GGUCACGGAUAAUAAAAAUGCUUGCUUAUCAACCAUCUAUUGGUUACUUAUCAGUGUACCAAUCACGUUCAAGGAAAGAGAAUUAGAAGUCUGAAUAAAGUGGACCGGUGGACUAGGCGCAUUUUCUGAAAAUCAUUCCCAUGAAACGCAACCUAGCUUUACAUCAUAAUCAUUCAAAUAAUCAUAGAAAACAUCCUAAACGAUGUACUCUCAUUGUAUAUCAUAUUAGUUUAGGAUUAUUAUUUAUUGGAAUUAUUCUUACCAUUAUUGGAUUAACAACAAAAAGAUUAUUUCAUAUAUAUAUUUAUGAUCAUCGGAAUCCAGCAAAAUUUCAUCAUGUUCAUAUACCAGUUGGUUUAUUUUCACUUAAUACAUAUGUUACAUGGUUAUCUAUGGAAAAAUCAAUUUUAGAUCAAAAUCUUGAAAUAAGUGAUCUUCGUUGGACAUUGGCUAGAAUAAUGAGUUUAAUUGGCUUAUUAACAGCAAUUACAUCCUUUAUAAUUCAUAUAAUUCUAGCGCAUUUUCAAACAAAUCGUAAAUGGUCAAAUGUACUAGCUGAAGUUGUAUUUCUUCUGAUAGCUGUCUCAUGUAUAUUGGUUGGAUUAAGUUUAGCUGAAACAGAAAUUGAAUAUAUUCAUGAUCAUGGUGAUAUGAUUUUAACCAAAGUUCUUCUAUCAAAUGGUCUUAUAGAAACAAAUAAUCAAUAUUCAAAUCAAUUCUAUUUAGAUAGUACUAUUAGUAGUCUCAAUCUUGAAGGUAAUGGUCUUAGUAGUAGUAUAAGUAGUAUAGAUAAUGAUCGUUUAGGUUUAACUGGUGAAUUUGCCUUGUAUCUUACACCACCAUUAUCAAGUUUUUUCUUAUUAAUAUCAGCUGAUUUUAUUUAUUUAUUAAGUUUUUUGGCAGUAAUUAUUUAUUUUGUACGUUUAUGUGAAAAAGCUGUAGCUGAUAGAAAACAAAUGAAAUGUGCUGAAACAACAAAUUGUGUUUAAAUGAACUAAUCACUAUGGUCUAGUUUAACUUUUCUUCUCCUUCUUUCCCUUACUUUCUCUCUUCCUGUUUUGUGUGUGUGUGUAUGUAUGACGAUAUUCAAAAGUGGAAGAUUCUGGAUAAAACAUCAUCAUUGUUGUCAUAGUGAUAAUGUAUGUGUUACUCUUAAGGAGACAUGGGGACUAUACACAGUAUCUGGAUACUAUUCUUGUAUAAUCUCAUUUGAUUGAUCUUUGAUACUGUUUGUUAUGUGUUAUCAUUCAAGCAGAACUAUCAUUAUAUUUGUAUGAUCUAUUGUAACAUUUUGCAGAUGGUUACUUCAGUAUGACUUCUUCUUCUUCUUCUUGUUCUUCGUCUACUUCUUUGCAUGAGCAUAAAAUAACUUGCUUUGAUUAUAGUUGAAUCAAAAUAUCUAUUUUUGAAGCUUCUUGUGUGUAUGUGUAUGGGAGAGAUAUUCUUCUCUUCGUGCAUUUUUUUGUUGUCAUCAUCAUUGAAAAUCCAUAUUAUUGUUAUUUUACGGUAUUGUAUUAUGUAUUGUUUCUAAAAGUAUAACAUUUGGGGGCUCAUAUAAAGUUUGACAAUGAUAAGUAUUACUAAUUAGAUGCUAUACUCGGUUCCUAAACUAGUCUCGUAAACCCCAAUCAAGUUAGAACUACACAGCGAGUGGAACACGAGAGAAAAGGCACAAAAUAUGUGUGGAGUACAUUACUCCAAAGGUUCAUUCGCAUACAGAAAAUAAAG